AUGACAAUACAACGACAAUACAACGACAACGACAACGACAACAACAAUACAACGACAAUACAACGACAAUACAACGACAACUACAACAACAACGACAACGACAACGACAACGACAAUACAACGACAAUACAAGGACAAUACAACGACAACACAACGACAACACAACAACAUUACAACGACAAUACAACGACAACGACAACGACAACAACAAUACAACGACAAUACAACGACAAUACAACGACAAUACAACGACAAUACAACAACAAUACAACGACAAUACAACGACAAUACAACGACAAUACAAAGACAAUACAACGACAAUACAACGACAAUACAACGACAAUACAAUGA